CUUCUUUUAAACUGGUUUAAAUUUAAUGUAAGUAUACAAUCUAAUACAUUCUACGAGACUAUAUAGUGAAGGUUCUGAGGAUGGUCGAUUUGAUGCUCAAUCAAUGCUUAUUUUUUCCAUUGAGAACCGGAUGCAUUAUUAUUGGAUGUAUUAUUUUGAUAUUGCAACUAAAAGACACUAUAGAUGCUUUGAAAAUAUUAAGUUUUUUGGAAUCAGUGGAAAACGAAGACGAAGAAAAUAUUGACCAAAGAAAAUUUGCUGUGUUCCAUUACACCAUCAAAUUCAUCGUAAGCAGUUUCAUGGUCCUAGUGUCAGUAGCUAUCUUACUGGGAGUGAAAUGGAAUCAUUCACUAGUUCUGAAAGUUUCUGCAGUGAUUGUUGCUUGCAGUGCCUUGUUACCGACUAUCCAAAGCAUUAUUGAGUCGGACCCUGUGCCCACAUAUUUAUACAAUAUUUUGGCUUUAGUUAUUUAUUUAUUCUUCGGCUGGGUAUUAUGGAGUUAUGGUGUGAAGUUAGAACAGUUACAGUUACCUAGGGCCGCAUACGUACAACCUCCUUGAAACUGUAACACGUGGAAACUGCAUAGCAUUUGUAACAUUCAGAAAAAUAAAUCACUUUAAGUA